AUCUGUAAUUUAUGUAAUGCGAUCUUAUAAAUUUAAUGUAGGAUUUCUCAAUUUUGUUGAGGAACUUGAUUACUACACUUUUAAGAUCAGAAGAUUGAUGGAAUAACUUGAGGGAUUUUUGUAUUUCAUCUAUAAUUAUGUAAUGCAGCCUUACACAAAGAAAAUUGAAGCUGGGUUUCUAAAUUUUUGUUCAGAGCUUGAUUGAUUGAUGCUUUAUUCUUUUGUUUUAUAUGUAAUUUAUGCAAUGCAAACUUUAACAUAGAAAAUUAAUGUUGGGUUUCUAAAUUUUGUUUGGUUUGUGUAUAUAAAUCAGGUUUGGGACCAUGGGAAGCCAUAUGAGCAAGAAGCCUCAGGAAACUACUAGUGCAAUCAACGAUCUGAAAUCUUAUGAAGCCACGUGCAGGGUCGACAUAGAUUUAAAAUCCUUUGAUAGAACUCUUGAAGCGCGAACUAACAAAGUUAUCAAUGCUCUUGCUGUUGGGGUUGAGGUUAAAGCCCUGUCGUUUGAUUCCUUGAAGGAAGUCACAGAAUGUCUGUUGGAGAUGAAUCAGGAGGUUGUUAAAGUUAUCUUGCAUUGCAAGAAAGACAUAUUGAAGAAUCAAGAAUUAUUCGAGCUAGUCAAGGAGUACUUUGAGAAUAGCCUCAAGACUCUAGACUUCUGUACUGCAUUGGAGAAGUGCUUAAAGCGCGCUCGUGAUAGUCAAUUGCUUAUUCUUGUGGCACUUCAACAAUUUGAAGAAGAAGACAAGGUGGAAGGGAACAAUAGGUACACUAAGACAUUGGAGGAGCUGAAGAAUUUCAAGAAUGCUGGCGACCCUUUCACAGAAGAAUUUUUGCAAAUUUUUCAAUCUGUUUACAGGCAGCAAAUGCACAUGUUGGAGAAGUUGCAAAUGCAAGAGGGCAAGCUUCAUAGGAAGCUGAAAUCUAUCCAUGCUUGGAAAAAGGUGUCGACCAUUAUAUUUGCAGCUACAUUCGCUGCUGUUCUAAUUUGCUCGGUAGUGGCUGCCACCGUGGCUGCACCACCUGUGACAGCUGCUCUUGCCGCUGCAAGUUCCAUUCCAUUAGGAUCAAUGGGAAAGUGGAUUGAUUCCCUUAUGAAGAAUUAUGAAGAUGCAGUCAAAGCACAAAAGAAUAUCCUUAUCCUUAUGAAUGUGGGCACUUAUAUAACUAUUAAGGAUUUGGACAGCAUUAGGAUUCUAAUUGAUCGUUUGGAAAUCGAGGUUGAAUGGCUAUUGAAAACUGUGGACUUUGCAAUCAAUGAAGAAUCUGUAAAAUUUGCAGUGGAAGAGAUCAAGAAAAAAUUAGACGUGCUUAUGAAGAAUACCGAGGAUUUAGGUGUUCAAGCUGAUGUUUCUAGCCAAGAUAUUCGGAUGGCUCGGACUAUUAUUCUGCAAAGGAUAAUAAAACACCCCAACCAUUGAAGAUUUGAUGACAUCUAGUGGGUACUAUACUGACCUUAAGCUGGAGACUUUUCUUUAGUGAUGUUUAUGAUGAAAAACGUCAAUAACUUGUAACUUUGAUUUGGAACAUAAAUUAUGCAACAGAAUACAUGUUAUAUGCGAUUAAGAAUAAUUGGAUUCUUUCAUUUA